AUUUUUUGCUGCGUCAUGUCGUUUUUGAUCCGGCACUCGGAUUCUUGCUGCCCGUGGACGUGCAGCGCAGUGUAAUUAAGGGGUAGGGCAGCACGUCACAGCGAAUGAGGGAUCCAAGGCUCAGACAGGCUUUUUCUCGGUGCGAUAAUCCAUUUGUGGGCUCUACCCGCUGUGCGGUUUAUUUCAGCCUGCUGGGACAUGCAUACGACUGAUGGAGAAAACAAACGAGACACGAAACAAAACAUCCAGGGCACGCAGGGCCAUCUCCCGUCGGCCAAUCCGGGCAGGCGUCGGGAGUUGAUGGUCACAUGGUCCACGUGGGCGAGGGCGAAGCCGCAUCCCUCGCAUCUGUGCCUCAUUGGGCUGGCCGUUGUUUAUCUGCAACAGGGCGAAGAUUACAGAAAGUUGGCAAAAAUAAAUGGCUGCCUCAGUGGCUGAGCGGUCCCAGGCGGCUUCUUGCAUGUGCCGGGCGUGCAGUGUCCCACUGAAAAGCGGCAAGCGUCGCCAGCCACACGCAGGGAAGCGAUCCCAUCGCAGAGGGGCGAGGGACAGAGAUGCUCCUGCCAAGGCGCCGCGUUUGCUGUUUCUGUCUACUACCGCCGAUCCAGUCCUUUUAGUGGAAUGGACGGGAGAGGCGUUUCGUCACGCAUUGGCACAGUACAGCACAGGUUAUUCGGGGCCUGUGGAAUCGAACCUGCUGUAAUGCUCCACCAGGUCCCCUCUCUUCCACAAACAGGCUCUUCUUGAUGCUCUCGCUGUGACCAGUAUCCGGGAUAUGAAGACCUGCCCGAUCAGCAGGGGUGCAUGAUAUAACUGCACAGGAUUCCUCCAGCAUCUCAGGCCAUCGAGUCUCCUGCUUUACCCUCCAUACCAUCAAACUACCUCCUAGUUUGCUUUCCAUCUCCAACAUAUACCAUGCGCGGCCUACUCCUCUUGGCAACCUCCAUCUGGACGGCGGCAGCCCUGCCUUCCUGGACGCCGCCGCCGCGAGUCCUGAGGCCGCGGCAAAGCGUCUGCCAGGACACCCCCAAGUCGGCCCACGUCGCCGACUUCGCCGCCUACUUCGCCUCUGACGGCGACGAGAACAAGACAACGAUAUCCUUUGGCUACUCGGACCCGGGUACGGGGAUCUCGACCACCUGCCGGCGGGACCCCUCCCGGGCGCCCGUCUACCCGAUCCCGGGCACGCUGGCGCGAUAUCCCUGCGACAACAGGCUGGUCGAGUUCUCGUGGAUCGCCGAGAACUGGAUGGGCAAGGACCAGCUGUCACUGAUGGAGGCGUCGUGCCCACCCGCCAACGUCACUGACCCCCAAGGACUCCGAGGGAUCGAGGCCAGCGGACUGGCCUUCCUCAACAUGACGUGCCUCGAGAGCCAAGGCAACGGCACGCGUGGACCCGGGCGGGAGUGCAGCUCUCCCGACCUGGACGUCAAGUUCUCUAGCCUUGCGCCACGGCCCUUCCCACUGGGGCGGAUAUAGAGAUGGCGGGUUAGGUACCGUGCCUAAGGGAUCCUCGUGGGGGCAUCUCGCGACUUUUUACAUGCUCUCUUGUCUCGGGAUGUGGUGUAAUAGACCUUGGUGGAUGACUGAUGGCAAAGAAUGAUGGUUCGCUCGGAACAUGAGGAGACUAAAUAGCCGACGAUAGCCUUGCAGUAAUGUCUAUUUGACCUAAUUCAAAAAAAAAAAAAAAAAAAAAAAAAAAGAAAGAAGAAAAAAGAAAAAAGA